AUGGCGACCCACGUAUCGGCCAACCCGACACCCACCAACGGUGAUGCGCGGGGACCCUUGAGCCACACCACUGCUGAAAGCAUGCCCGCACCGGCGCCCGUGAAUCGCAAGAAGCAGAAACGUCGACAGAAACAGGCCGCCCGCCUCGUGGAUCCACAUGAUGUCCAUGCCUCUGCGGAACAGGACUCUACCGCCGAUGACCGACAUUCCAAUGAUCAUGAAGUCGACAGUACAGAUUUUAAUCAUGCUGGAUCGGAUGAUGUGUACCACAAUGGAGUACAUUACGACCUGAGCGGACAUCCGAUAUCGAAUGAUUAUGACGACGCAACGAGCUCGAAAACAAAGAAGAAAAAGAAUAAGAAAGGCCGUUCUGACUCACGCACUCUCGCCGAUGGUAGCUCGACUCCUCUUUCCUCACCCUCCGCUACCUUCUCCCACCCUAUGCCUCCACACUCGCUGCCAUAUUCUCGCUUCCCUGCCAAGUCCGCCAAGGAAAGCAGUAUUUGGAAUCAAUCGUCUUUGGAGGAGCGCGAGAAUAUUCGGACCUUCUGGUUUGAGUUAGGCGAAGAGGAACGGCGUCAGCUUGUGAAAGUAGAAAAGGACGCCGUUUUAAAGAAGAUGAAAGAGCAGCAGAAGCAUUCUUGUAGCUGCACUGUCUGUGGUCGAAAGCGAACCGCAAUCGAGGAAGAACUUGAGGUCUUGUAUGAUGCCUAUUACGAGGAGCUUGAACAAUACGCAAAUAACAAUCAAGGGUCCUUUGACGAAGGCGCGCCGAUCAUCCCUCCACCUCGAUUAUACCAACCACCACUUCGAUCUCCUGGUCAGCAUACACGCACGCACGGUCAAUACCAUCCAUCAAGGGGCAGAGUUCAAGAAUUGCCCGAAGAUGAAGAAGAGGAAGAAGAAUUAGAAGACGAUUAUGAUGACGAGGAGGAGGAUGACGACGACGAAGAUGACGACGAGCUGUACAGCGAUGACGAGUUCGAGGACGAUGAAGCUCGCGCUGCUCGGGCGGACUUUUUCGCUUUUGGUAAUAGUCUGACGGUGAAAGAUGGUAUCCUUACUGUGGCAGAUGAUCUUCUCAAAAACGAUGGCAAACACUUCAUUGACAUGAUGGAGCAACUAGCCGAGCGUCGAAUGCAACGAGAAGAAGACACACAGUACAACAUAGCUGCUGCUCACCAGUCAUUUCAUGCGGGUCACAAUCACGGACCCCUUGACGAUGAAGACUAUGACGACGAAGAGGAUGAAGAUUAUGACAGCCAGGAGGAGGAAGAGUUCGAUGAGGAUGAAAUGGCAUGGAAGGAUGCUAUGACGGAAGAACAGCGCAUGCAAGAAGGCCGACGGAUGUUCCAGAUAUUUGCCGCUCGGAUGUUCGAACAACGUGUGAUGACCGCAUAUCGAGAGAAAGUUGCAGAACAACGUCAGAAGCAGCUCAUAGAGGAGCUAUUAGAAGAGGAGAAUCGAAACGAGCAGCGCAAUGCUAAGAAAGCACGAGAAGCCCUAAAGAAGAAGGAUAAGAAGCGCCAACAGAAGCAGGCUAAAGAGGAAGAGAAAGCUCGUCGUGAAGCUGAGAAAGCGGCUGAAGAGGCCGCGGUCAAGGCUGCCCAACAGAAAAAGCUUGAGGAACAACGAUUGAAGCGUGAGGAACAGCGCUUGAAGCGUGAGGCUGAACGUAAAGCUCAUGAAGAGGAGCGCGCACGCAAGGAAGCAGAGAAACAACGGCGCAUCAAGGAGGAGAGGGAACGACAAGCCGAAGCAGAACGCAAACAACGAGAGCAGAAGGAAGAGAAGAAGAGGCGCGAGGAAGAAAAACGCAAAGAGAAGGAAGAGCGCGAAGCUUACGAGAAGAAGUUGAAAGAGGAGCAGAUCAAGAAGGAUCGUGAGAUGGCAGCCAAGGUAGAGCAGGAGGCUAGGGAACGAUCUGGGAAACGAGAUAUCCAAGGAAGAGCCGCACCUCAUCCUGGCACCAUUCCUAUGCCUCCGAACUUUUCGUCGCACGCUGUUCCUGGCUCCGUCCAAUCCCCUCACUACAACAUGGCGUCUCCAGCCGCUCCUAAAGUUUCGACCCCCGCAAGGCCACGACAGCCGUCCCAGCAGGGUUCUCACACUUCUUCUCCUCAUUCUCAGCCGUCUUUGUCGGAGAUCUUCCCACAACCUUCUAUCUCUCCUCGUUCUAUGGCACAGUCUCACUCCGGAGCUAUCGGUAGUCGAUCGGGCCACCACCAGCAACCUCCAUUACACCAUCCUCAGCCUUCUGCUCCUUUAUCACCCCUGGGUAGAUCGCACCCUCCUGGCUUCCAGGCCUUUGGUGGGCUAUCUUCAAACCCACCAGGCCUGCCAGGUAUGGGCGGUCGGCCACUUGGGGCUCCUGACUUCCACAUGUACUCUCCCGGUUCAGCAAUGAUAAACCCUCUCCGCGCUUUCGCUGGGCCCGGUGGAAUCUCUGCGCCCCCUGGGAUUAAUGGAGUACGUCCAAUGCCUUCUGCCAGAGGAUUCCCAGCAGAUCCUGGACACGGUCUUCCUUUCUCUGGACACCAUGGAAUGCCUGGUGCAUUUCCUAUGCAACAACCGGGGUUAACAAAGACUCACUCAAGACAGCAGUCGGGAUCAUUUGAACGAUCUCCGCUAGAGAGUGGCCAGCCGUUCUCGUUUGCGCGACCUAGUCCUAUCAAGCGACCGUCGAGUGGCGCACAGGAUCAACAAGAAGGCGGCCAUACCACGUCACGCCGAGAAGUAGAUGCUUUGAGCAAUCAACUUGGUAGCAGCGCACUACUUGAUGAUACCGAUCCUCAUUACUAUGCAUCCAACUUAUCUCAGUCGUUGCCCGGAGCCACCCUGGCAGGGCAGUUCCCUGUCCCAUCGAGAGCUAGCUUCCAAGGGGCAUCAUUCUUCGCUGAUCCUCUAGGGUCGAAAGCCACCAAUUUUGGUAAUGGCUCCACUGGAUGGGGUGGGCCGUUUGGAAGUUCUGCUUUCCCCGCUCCGUCUACCUGGGGAACAGCAACUGGUAAGCCUUUCUUUGCAUUCCUUGUAUGUAAGAAUUCCCCUAACAAUUGGAUAGCGAGCGGCUGGCCGCAACCGCAGCCACAUAACUUCUUUGCUGCUGGUGGUCAUCAUCGUGGACAUACCCCUCGACCUGUUACCAUUCGUCUCUUGGUGAUCCAGGCCUGCAAGCACUUAAACACACUAAGCCCGCAGCCUGGCUCUGGAGGCUACCACGACGUGAAUAAGGUGCUUAGCCAGGUAGAGAAGCUGCGCCCUUCCAACGAGCCUGCUAUCAAGUUGGAUGAGAUGCUGGACAUCUGCGACACUGAAGGUAACCCCCAGAACGGCGGCGGAUCAUUCUCCAUUAAGGAAGAUGCGAACACCCGCUACGUCAAGUUCGAGCCAGAUACCAACAGCUCCGUACCCGGUCACCGUGGCAGUAUUGUUCCGGGUGAUAUUGGUAGCCCAGUCCCUGGUAAUAGCCACCCUGCUGGCUUUGGGGGAUUGAACACUGUGCUUCGGCAAUACUCCUCGCCUACCGCAGGAUUAUUUGGUGGGACUUCUUAA